AUGGCUGGAAUUUGAUAUACAUAUGUUUUCUUCCUGAUCACCUCUUUCCAUUGGUUGGUGUUCAGACUGAUCUAUGAUGAUGGGAGAACUUAUAAAGAUAUAAUUGAUCCCACUACGAUUGAUCAUAAUGAGUACAAAGACACAAUUGUCGCUUGGUACAGGAACGAUACAGAUGUUGCAAGUCUCCAUGAGCAGUUUGCAUAUGAAAUGGCAGAAAAGUUCCCAGAUAUUCAUGUUUACUUCACAAUUAUUAUCACAAUAUGGGUAGCAACAAUGCCUCUAUUCUUUGGAAUAAUAAUGUGGUUCUAUUGCUAUGAAAAGCAUAAUCUUGGGGACCCAAUGGAAAGAGCUAGAAAAGAGCUUGCUCUUGAAAGAGAAAAAAUCAGACAGCUGCGUGAAGAAAAGAAGAAAGAUCAGAAAAAGGAUGACUAACUCCCAUACUUACAUCUCAACCUCAUCUCC